AUGUUAACUUCGCUACUCCGCCGCAAUGUAUUUACAAACUUCUCCACUGGUUCAAGAAACAUCAAAACAAUUACCGUGAUCGGUGCUGGUCUCAUGGGCGCAGGCAUAACGCAAAUAUCUGCACAAAAUGGAUAUUCGGUUCGGCUGGUUGAUAGACAAGACAACCUGUUGCAGAAAUCACUUGGGUCUCUUGAAAAUAGUCUAAAGCGUGUAGCAAAAAAAAAGUUUUCAGAUGAUUUGCCUGCUUCAAAAAAAUUUGUUUCAGAUAUUUUAUCUAAUGUUACCGUCUCGACUGACCCUAAAUCCGCUGUCGUAGGCUCAGAUUUGGUGAUCGAAGCAAUCGUAGAAAAUUUGCAGGUCAAGCGAGAUUUAUUCAAGUAA